AUGUCGUCCCCAUCUUUCAUAAAGUUGCCGGCGGAAGUCCAUCUCCUGAUAGGGGGGUUUCUCAAGCCCUCCGAGAUGGAAGGACUUAUUGUCUCAUCAGGGAUAAUCCGCAAGAGAGACUCAAAGUCGUAUUUCCACGACGUUGCCUUUCGCGGCACUAAGGCAGACCUGAUGGAGGCAUUGACUGCUUUUCUCGACGCAAACAAGACCCAGGCGACAACUAGGGACGUCGUUGUCCCCGCCAUCAAAUACAUAACCAUCGAGAUUGAGCCCGACGUUCCCUCCCCUGGUCUGGAUAUCGCGUUGGUACUCCCACGACUUAUCGCCAACUCCUUGGGGGUCAUGAAAAACCUCCAGGGGAUCCAGCUGAUCCUCUGGUGGUUUUCAGACCUCCAGAGGCAGGAGUUGCGGGAUAGAUGUGCAGGCCUGCCUGUCUGGAAUAGCCUCCGUUUAAUCAACAUGGAGAACGAAGCCGACACAGAGCUUCUGGCUAUCCUGGUCAGCAAGACUCGUCCGGAGUCCUUCAGCGGACUGCACUUCUGGUCCCAGACCGAACUGCAGGCCGCCAGGCGGUGUUCACCUUCCCUUAGACGAUUGCUGGUGCCAUUUAGACUUCCCGCUUCGACAGAUGUUGUUGACCACUUGAGGUUUAUCUCCAACAGAACCAGCCUAUUGACGCAAUUUGGCCGGUUGGAAUGGUUGGUUCUGACGCCAACCCCUGUCAAACCAUUGUUACUUGACAUGAUCCGCCAGGAUCCCAAGGUGCUCUUAAAUGUACUCGUGAAGGAGCUCUCCAAGUUGCCUUACCUCAAGCGGCUGGGGUUGACGUUCCCGAGUUUAAUCCUCGCGGAAAAUCAACCCGGGGUCCCGGGGACUGGUGUGGGAUUGCCCGCUGUCAAACACUAUGUUCGGCAGUGGAACGAGCAGAUCUUCGCCGGGAUCCCUGCCCUGCAGCAGGUGGCCUUCAUUCAUGGAGACAUUGUGUUGAGGGCAGUAAGGGAGGCGGAUGCCACCAUUCGUUUCUCUGUCGAGAGCGAUUUGGACCGACACGCGUUUCCCCUUGGGACCCUGUACUGA